CUUGUAAUGGUUGACCUAUUGCCGGCGUGGUAUUCUUCAAAGACACUGCCAAAAAAAAUAGAAAGAACCAUGCUUCAAGAUAUCUUUACUUUACAGGAGUGGUCCACUCUCCAACUCAUUUUUGGUCUUGCAACCGCACUUCUGCUAGCAAAAUCAUUUUUUAAUGCCAUAUAUGCCGAAAAUUCCUUCAAAUAUGCCGAAAGUAAGCUUCAUGGUGCUGUGGCCCCGAAAUUAACUCCCUCUCAUGGAAUCUUUGGCUGGAGGGACCUCUCUGCGUUAUUUAACCCAAAACAACUGUUUCCAAUAACAACACUACCCUCUCGGCACGACAUGUACGGAGACACAUUUGCAACCAGGUAUCUGAAUAAGGAGAUACUAUUCACCUCAAAUCCUCUCAACAUAAAGGAGCUUCUAACAAAUCGACAUGGUUAUUUUGAUACUACUGAAAUGCGACAACGAGGAUUGUCAGAGAUCAACUGGCACCCCUUUAGCAAUGACCGGCACUUCGACAUGCACAGGUUGGUAGUCGGCUACAUUGCGAAGAAUAUAAAAGACCUCUCGGCCAAAAUAGAUCAUCUUAUCAUUCAAUCUCUUGCUGAUAUCUGCAACGAGUCUUUUCCAGUUUCGAAAAAGAAGGAGAUCGAGAUAACUGAGUUAAGCAAUCAGAUUGUUAUACACUUUAUCAACUACAUGGCCUUAGGUGAAGAAAAGGAGCUCGAAUUGGUUGGAAAUUCCGAUGCUCGACCCGCAUUUAUAUCUCAUUUUAUAUCUUUUUUUAGGCCAUUGUUGUCUGGCCUUGGGAUGACCGUGUUCAUGCCUCCUUAUAUUGUUUCUCUUCUUUUUCCAUCUAUUGCCAAAAAGAAACAGAUAACUCGCAAACUAUUUCUAUCAAUGGCCGGAAUGGUUGGAUUACAAAAUAAAGAUCAAGCCACCCAUAGUCUAGGUUCUACCUUCGCAAAUCACUUUCAACAGGAAACCAUUACGUCAGAUCAGCUAUUCAAUUUUUACGCAGCAGCAACUCAAGGAACACUUGGGAGUAUGCAAAUCGGCUUAGCUCUACUUGCCCAAAAUCAAGCCGCUCAGGACAAGCUUCGAAGAAUUGUGCGCAGUACAUUCCCUUCUACUGAGAGCAUUACAGAACAAGCACUACUUCAGUGCCAGUAUUUACAGUGGAUUAUCAACGAGGCACUACGACUUCAUCCUGUCGUGUCGUUGACUACGAGAAUUGCAUUACGGGACUGUACUCUGCCCGCCGGAGGAGGUCCCAAUCACUCGCAGCCUGUGAUAGUGCGCAAAGGUCAACAGAUAAUCGCCUCGUAUACGCACCUCCACAGGCGUCAGGACGUAUGGGGCCCGGAUUCUAACAAUUUUGUACCAGAGAGGUGGAACGAAGAGAAUUCAAAAACGUUUCUUCCAUUUGCCUAUGGCCCCUCCACUUGCCCAGGUUCACGUAUCGGUCGACUUACUACAUCCAUUUGGCUAGUACGUUUGAUGCAACAAUUCGACAGCAUCGAAUCUUGCAUGAAUGAAACAGAUAGCAAUAGGGAGCCAAAACUUCGGAUGGGUUAUACUGUUACAUUAACACUCAAGAAAACCCGUCUGAUGUUUACACACAGGAGUAAUUAAAUCAUCCAUGUAUUUACCUAGGGUACCGUGUGACACAGACACUACAGCAGAAUAGGGAUCCCGAAUCCACUUUGGAAUUUCCAAAAUAAGGAUAAGUACACUAUAGCCACCUCUGUGUUAUCACACAUGGCUUUUAGCUAAAAAUUAGUCAGGAUUUACUUAACCAGCCAACUAUAACACUUCGAGCUGGUAACGCAAUAUAUCUUGUAAUAAUCCCUA